AUGGCUCCGGCAACAGCUCAGAGUGUGGACGAAGAGACGCCUCUGCUUCGUUCAGAUGGAGGUGACGAAUUCCCAGGUUACGACAUAGCCAGAGUUCAGUCGGUUAUCAGUGCAGAUGGAAUUGAGCCCACGUUCCAGGCCGUUAUGACUCCGGAAGACGACAGAUCCUCCUGCGCCAACCAUGGAGCAGCAGCAGACAGCCAAAAGAAAGAGGCCCAUCCUCACUUCAUUAACGUUACCCAAAGAGAAUUCUGGGCCGUCUUCUCCGGAAUUUUGUUCGCCUGGCUGAUAGCCAUGUUUGACUCUACGUUGAUGGCCUCCAUUCAUCCUGCGAUUACCUCACAUUUCAACGCCGCGAACUCUGCAGCAUGGCUCUCUACCGUCUUCCUGUUGACUUCGACUGCCUUUCAACCUGUGUUCGGCCGCAUUUCCGAUGUCUUCGGCAGACGGCCGGUCUACCUGUUUGCCGUUGCUGUUUUCUUCAUCACAACAGCCUGGUGUGCUACUGCUCAGAGCAUCACCAGCUUCAUUGCUGCUCGUGCCUUUUGCGGAUUGGGUGCCGGAGGGGUCGUCUCGGCGGGGAUGAUAAUUAGCUCUGAUCUCAUCCGGAUAGAGUACAGGGGCAUGUAUCAAUCAUAUAUCAACCUGUGUAAUGGCAUCGGUUCGUCAUUGGGCGUGGCCUGCGGUGGCUAUAUAGCAGAUACUCUUGGAUGGAGGGCCGCGUUUGGCAUUCAGCUGCCCUUCAUCUUUGUUUACUUGAUAAUAUCAUAUUUUGUUGUCCCAACUUCCCUGGGGCCAGAACUCGCUCGCAAUGAAGGCUGGACGCUCACGCAAGCAGCCAAAACCCUCGAUAUAAAGGGCUCGUUCCUGCUCGUCACCGGAGUCACCUCAUUAUUGCUUACUUUGAAUCUGGGAGGAAACGUCCUGCCUUGGUCUCACCCAGUCAUCAUUGUGUCUCUUCUCGUGUUCUGCGUCUGUCUGAUCCCAUUCCUGAAGAUCGAAGCAAGGGCCAAACGACCGGUCAUGCCGUUGCCCCUGUUGUCCACCUUCCCUCAGGCAAACCUGAUCCUGUCGAAUUUCUUCGGAACAAUGGUUAUCAACACCAUCCUGUUCAACAUGCCCUUGUUCUUUCAAGCGGUCAAGCUGGAGUCUCUAACCAGCUCUGGACUGAGAAUCCUUGCUUCUUCGCUGGCUAUCAUGGCGUCUAGCGUUUUCACGGGCUUCUUCAUCACCUGGAGCGGACGAUUGAAACCCAUGCUCAUAAUAGGGUUCGUCUUUUUCAUCAUCGGCUGUGCCGUCACUAGCUCCAUGAACAGAGAUACUCCCGGGUGGCUUGCUAUGCUCUUUCUCUUACCAUCAGGCUUCGGCCAGGGCUUCGCUAUGCCAGCCACUCUGGUGUCGACUCUUGCAGUCAGCCCCCAGGCUGAACAGGCCGUCACCACCACCACUCUCAGCCUUUUCCGUAAUCUGGGAUCGGUCUUUGGUGUUUCGGUAAGUAGCUGGACACUGCAGAAUGCUCUAAUCUAUUACUUGACGCAAAGUGUCACCGGGAACGACAGACAAGACAUCAUCAAGCGGGUUCGCCAGUCUAUUACGGAAAUACAUCUGCUGGACCCGAUACAUCAAGGUGAAGCCGAAAAGCGUGAUGGUGAUGUCCCAACAUGGCUAUCAUGUCGAUAA